AUGGACGAGAAAAGAAGCGGCUCGCCCAUUGGGCACCGCGGGAUGUUCAAACUAGUAUGGGAGGCGGUGAUUGGUGGAGACGCGGCGCGGCCCGCCGCCCCCGCCCGGGCGGGUCAUUGUCUGGCGGCUCCUGAGGCGGGUCGGGCGCGGCGGUGGCUUUGGGGUUCGGACGACGGCGGCGGUACCAUGGCUGGCGGCAAGGCGGGCAAGGACAGCGGCAAGGCCAAGGCCAAGGCCGUGUCGCGCUCCCAGAGGGCCGGGCUGCAGUUCCCAGUGGGCCGCAUCCACAGGCACCUGAAGACUCGGACCACCAGCCACGGGCGCGUGGGCGCCACGGCAGCCGUGUACAGCGCGGCCAUCCUCGAGUACCUGACGGCCGAGGUGCUGGAGCUGGCCGGGAACGCGUCCAAGGAUCUCAAAGUGAAGCGGAUCACGCCCCGGCACCUGCAGCUGGCCAUCCGCGGCGAUGAGGAGCUCGACUCGCUGAUCAAAGCCACCAUCGCCGGAGGAGGUGUCAUUCCUCACAUCCACAAGUCUCUGAUUGGAAAGAAGGGACAGCAGAAAACGGCGUAGAGGGAGCGCGGCAUCGGAUCCCCCGUCAUUGUACUGUACCUGGGCACAGGAACAUCUCGGGGACACGAGGGAUUUUUUUAAGGAAUAGUUGAAGGGAAGAGCAUAGAGGAUUGACUGUAGAGGAAGCAUUGGGAUGGGUUUAGAUUCUGAGUAGGACACACCGCGGGCUGUGGGGCGGCAGCUGGGGGUGGGCGAGUGGCUCGGCUGCCCCCGCGUUUUAUACAAAAAUGGAACCCAUAAACCAUUUUUUACAAAAA